UCGCUAAUAAUUAUUUACAUAUUUAUAAAUAGUGUUUAUACGGGCAGUAUUGUCAACAAUCAAUUUUGUUAUGUUUCGCUUCGUCGCUCUUAACCUAAUCUUUGCGUAAUAUCACACUGGAAUAACUUAGUGGGCAUUCAAGAUGAUUUGUGAAACCGCCAGCAAUCUUGAACGACAGAAGGAUGAAAUAACAGCUCUUUCCAACAUUUAUAACAAAACAGAAUUUUCCUAUAUGAAGGGCGAGUGUACAAUGUGCUCCUUCAAUAUAUCUUCAAAAUUGCAAAAAUUAAAAAUACAAUUCACUAAUUUUUGUCCUUCCAAUGCUUCUAACGAUAUUUUUGUUGAACACUUGCCGCCAAGCAGAUUGUACACUUACCUUCCGGACACAUAUCCAUCUAAAAAACCGCCAAGUUUUUAUCUCUCCAUUAUGUGGUUGACCCCUUGGGAGACAGCUUUUGUUUGUCAGGAAUUGGACGAAAUAUGGGAAAAGAAUCAAGGCAACGAGAUAAUUUUCUUAUGGCUAUAUUUUCUACAAAACGAUAUUUUUAAUUUCCUAAAUAUACAAGAUACUUUAAAUGUCUCCUUUGCAUAUUUAAAUAACGCAUCGCAGGACGAUGUCAUAUUCGACUAUCAAGUUCAAAUAACCGAUUCCCGCGUUUUAAGUGGUGCAAUGUCGUUAGACAUUAAAAAAUUGUUAGUGUGUUACGACAUGGGGCAACAUAAAGAGCAAUUUCGCAAGAAUUUGUAUACAUGCUACAUAUGCUUCGAGGAAUACAAGGGAGUGGACUGUAUAGAAUUGGAAAACUGUCGGCAUGUCUAUUGUAGAGACUGUAUGGAGAAGCACAUACGAAUCAAGAUUGACGAACGUACUAAUCUAAUAUUGUGUCCGACGUUAGACUGCAGAUACAAAAUAAGUGACAACGACAUUCGGGCUCUUUGUCCAAGUUUGUUCUCGAAGUACGAAGAAAUCAUGUUGCGAAUAACAUUAGAUACUAUGGAUGAUAUGAUAUACUGUCCUCGAAUUUCUUGUCAAUACCCAGUUAUCAAGGAACCUAACGAUACCGCACCAAUCUGUCCUAAUUGCAACUACUGUUUUUGUCUGUUUUGUCGUAAGUUAUACCAUGGACAUGCAUCAUGCGAGAUGACAUCAGAUGAAAUUAUAAAGCUUGUAAACGAAUACAAAAACAGCAAUGACAAGGAGAAGAACAACUUGGAGAAAAAGUACGGUAGACGGCAAAUGCAACUAAUCGAGAAAUGUCUCACGGAUGAAUAUCUCCAAGAUAAUGCCAAGAGUUGUCCGAAAUGUCGCUCUUUCAUUAGUAAAACUGAAGGUUGCAAUAAGAUGAUGUGUACAUAUUGUCAAUGUUAUUUCUGCUGGUUGUGCAACAAGCAGAUAUAUGGAUAUGAGCACUUCAAUACUACUAAUAGUCAAUGUUAUGGACUUUUAUUUGAUGGGAUAGGCAACGAUGAACAGAAUUAUAAUGAGCAUGAUUACAAUGAAUAUGAUUUUGAUGAAUAUGAUUUCGAUGAAUAUGAUUAUAAUGAAUACGAUGAUGAUGAUGAGAUUGAUGAAUUUGACUAGUAUUAGUAUUAGAAUAUGUCAAAUUUGAGAAUUUAUAUAAUCUGUUUUAACAUUUCUGUUCAUAUAUUUAAAUAUGUACAUUUUGUAAAAAUUUUUCGAUCUUUAACGUAAUUAUAAUUUAGAUCCAAAUUGUGACUGAUCUUUGUUUAUAUCUUGUGAUAUGAGAAAAAGUAUUAUAUUAUCAAUUAUUGAUUAUGAAAUUUUGAAUGAAUGUAAUUUACUACUUCUUAUACAUCUUAUAUUAAUAUUAGUUCAAUAUUUUCUUAAAAAAUAUUAACUAUUAUUAAAAUCAAUAAUAGAUAUAUUAUAUAUUUGUACAUUUGUAACAAUAUUGUAACAGAAUAUAUUUUUGUAUCUAAUAUAUAGAAAUCUAAUCUCAUUUGCAUAAAAAGAUAUGAAUAGAUACGUUUUUUUAAAUUUGUUUAUAUCACAUAUUUGUUACUUUGUAAUGUUUA